UUUAGUUUUUAAUAUUAGUGAUUUAAUUGUAAAUAUAUUUUUUUAUAUAUAUUGUGCAACCUAAAUAAUACUUACAUAAACGAAGUGAAACAGUUUAAGCAUGUCGAAUCGUGAAAUAGUAGAGAUAUCAGAUGAUGAUGAUAGUUUUGAGGUUCCUGAUGAUACAGAAAAUAAAAUACCUGUUUCUGAAAUAUCCUCAGAUGAAGAAAAUUAUGUAUUGCCUGACUUAAAUUUAAGGAGCCGAAAAAAUGUAAUAAAAAAAUUGUUUCCAACACAACUAAACAACACUAAUAUUAAGUCCGAAAUUAAAAAUACAAUAAACAAAAAAUCCUUUAAACCCGUUAAGUAUCCCAAUAUAUCAAAAGAGCCUGGUGUUGUGAUAACAAUUAAUAAUGUAAAAGUGAACUUCCCCGUCAAUCCAUAUAGCAGCCAAGUGGCUUUAAUGAAUAAAGAGAUAAAAGCAAUUACUAAUAAUCAAAAUUGCCUCCUUGAGAGUCCAACGGGUUCGGGGAAAACACUGGCAUUGCUUUGUGCUGCAUUAGCAGUUCAGAGAAAGGAAAAACUUCAGCUAAGCGAGAAACAAGCACAGACCUAUUAUGCCAACCAUCCUGAGCUUGCCAAGCUGCAUGGUGCUUCGGAAUUCAUCGCCAGCCCAAAGAAAAAUAAUCUCGAUAACGCUGAAAAUUUCUUCACCACAUCGGCCUCUAGCAACAAAACUAUAUAUAGCUCACAAAAUUAUGAAGCCAGUUCGAGUAAAAGACAGGAACCUUUAAAUGACAGCUCAGAAGGUGAUAGCGGUUUGGUGACAGUUCACAAGAAACCUCGUCUUGGUAGCAGCAGCAACGAUGGGUCAUCGCAUUUACCUUCAACGCCGGAAAAGAAAAUAAAUGUGAAUGAACCGAACACACCAGAAGAUGUGAGAAAGCUGUACGCUCUCGUCGACAACCUGCGCGUACGCACUUCCAUGAUCGUUGCUUGCAGAGUGCCGACUAUUUACUACGGUGCGAGGACCCAUAAGCAGAUAGAGCAAGUGGUGAAAGAAUUCGCGAGAACUGUGUACAGUGGUGAGGCGGCAAUGACCGUGCUGUCAAGUAGAGAAUACAGCUGUAUACGGGAGUUUGAUAGGCACCAAUGGCCGUCGAAGAAUGACAUGUGUCGGGGAUGUGUAAAGACAUUUGAGAGUAAUAAAAAAGAAUCUAGCAAUUGCCUCUACCACAACAAUAGAAAACUUCUAAAUCAUAGGAGUCUUCCAGCUGUUUUUGAUUUAGAAGACCUAGUUAAGGCUGGGAAGGAGAAACAGGCAUGUCCCUACUAUGCUGCGAGGGAAAUGGCUACAGCGGCGAAUAUAAUCUUCUGUCCGUACAAUUAUCUUAUAGAACCUAGUAUUAGAAGCAGUAUGCAAAUAGACGUAAGUGACAACAUAGUGAUUAUUGACGAGGGUCAUAACAUAGAAGACGUAUGUCGUGAUGCUGCUACGAUUACCAUAACUCGUACUAAUAUCACAGCUGCCAUUACUGAACUACAAAAAGUAUCACAAUAUAUAUACGCAAAUCAGGACUCAAUGGGAUAUAUUGAACAUCUGUUGAAGGUGCUCAGUAAUUGGGACCAAUGGUUUGUGAAUCAGAUGCCAUUAAUCAACAAUCGCCCAGUUAACAACGACAAAGCGGAGUACACGUGGGUGGUGGAACACUUUAUCAAUACGUUGGAAAAUCAUACUAUUGGCCUCGGACACUAUUCUGAAUUUCGUGAUCACGCGGAAUUGUUUUGUCGGCGGCUCCGCGAGGACCCUCGUACGUUGAUGGGCGUGUCGCAAGCUACUGGCACGCUCGUUGAGAACAUCAAUACAUUGCUAGGUUAUUUAUUUCGUGACGGUGGUCGUCACAUCGAUGACUUCGUGCCCACACUUGAGCGAACUGACAUACCAGACAUUUCACGUACACAUUUCAGAAAUAAUCAUAUAGAUAAAGAAGUACUCUGCCUUCGUCUUAUCUGUAUGAACCCUGCGGUGGUUUUCGAAGCCUUGAAGCCAGCCAGGUCUAUCAUCAUAGCCUCAGGGACGCUGGCUCCUUUAAUCAGUAUGCAUUCAGAGCUGGGCACUAAGUUCCCUUUAGAAGCUAAUCCCAGGCAUAUUAUAUCUAGCGAUCGGGUGUGGAUAGGUAGUUUAUCUACUUGUCCGGAUGGAUCACCGUUACAGUGCACUUACAGUGAGUUGCAACAAGUACACAUACAAGACGCACUCGGCAAAAUCGUGGUACAUGUGUGUAGCAUCACCCCAUCGGGAGUGCUAUGCUUCCUGCCAUCUUAUUAUUCUAUGAAAAAACUAAUCACAAGAUGGCAAGAUACUGGCAUUUGGAAUAUGUUGGACUCCAUAAAAAAUGUGUUUCAAGAGGGCCGAAAUGUUCGAGAUCAUAACGAAAUUAUGGAUGAUUAUUAUGAAUGUGCAGCGUCCUCAAGGGGCGCGUUGCUAUUUGCUGUGUAUCGAGGUAAAGUCUCCGAGGGUAUGGACUUCAAAGAUCAUCAAGCAAGAGCUGUCAUUGCCAUUGGCAUACCCUACCCAAACACUUUUGAAACGGCUGUGAAAGAAAAGAUGAAAUAUAAUGAUAAAUACCAGAAAGAAAGAAAUCUUCUUAAAGGUAGCGAGUGGCUGCAAGUGCAGGCCUUUAGGCCCCUGAACCAGGCGGUAGGCAGAUGCGUCAGACACCGAAUGGACUGGGGAGCAGUUCUGCUCGUCGAUGGAAGGUUCCAGAAACCUCAGUACUCAGAUCAACUGUCAAAGUGGGUGCGCGAAUAUCUAAACAAAAACCACCACACAUUCGAGAGCCUGUUGAACAGCGCCAAUAGCUUAGAGUCGUUCAUGCAACAUAUGAAGAUACAAGAAACCGAAGAUACGUGAUUCAUUUUAAUUAAAUUUUGUAAUAAAUAAAUUUUGAUGUUUUUAAA